AGUCAUUUUCACCCACGCUCACACGCCAAUCGCUGCCCCUCUCCACACUCCGACAACACCUCGCUCACUUCCGUCAUCAAAACGGCUUUGGCGACCCUCUCGUCGCCACAUAUCGCAACCACGCCUCCCGUCACCCGCAAACGUAAGCUGCUGUCGCCGGACACGGCCGCGAAGCAGAAGCCGAAGCACCACCACCACCACCACUCGUCUGACCCUGCCGUCGCCUCUAUCCCCUCCGUCAGAGCCGACUCUCCCUCCGCCAAGCACUUGGUUGCCGACGCCGCUGAAGAUAAGCCCGCCGCCUCGCCCGACCAACUGCCCGCUACCCCUCAGACCCUCAAGGGCUCCGUCAGAGCCAUGGACUCCGAUGACGAUCUCAACAGCGGCGCCUCGAUCAACAGCGACGUCGACUUUGACGAGGACAGCAGUGACAUCGACUUUAACGAUGACUCCGACAUCGAACUAAACGACGACGAAGACAUCGGCUUUGGCUCACAAGACAAAGACUUGAAGCCGCAAAAGAAGGCGUACCAGGUCGACUACUCCGUCUACAGCCCACAAGACAUCCAGAACCAACAAGAUCGCCAAAUAGAAGAGGUCUCCAACAUCCUCGGCCAGCCACAUGAGGCAACCGCCAUCCUCAUGCGCUACAUGCGCUGGAACAAGGAACGUCUGAUCGAACAGUACAUGGACAAGCAGGAGGACGUCUUGGAAAAAGCUGGUCUUGGUCACCAUGUCGGCGGCCCGCCCAGCCUGGAGGUCAUCGAUGGCUUCAUGUGUGAGAUCUGCUGUGACGACACUCCCGGCAUGCGGACGUUCGCCAUGAAGUGUGGCCACCGCUUCUGCGUCGAUUGCUACCGUCAAUAUCUGGCACAGAAGAUCAAGGACGAAGGAGAAGCCGCCCGCAUCCGCUGCCCAGGCGAACAGUGCAACAACAUCGUCGACUCGAAGAGCUUGGAACUACUAGUCACAGAAGACCUCAAGGACCGAUACCACGAACUCCUCACACGAACGUACGUUGACGACAAGGACAAUCUUAGGUGGUGUCCUGCCCCCAACUGCGUCUACGCCGUCGAAUGCCCGGUCAAGCAAAAGGAGCUUAACAAGAUCGUCCCGACUGUCAGCUGCGAUUGCGGUCACAACUUCUGUUUCGGUUGUCAGCUUAACGACCAUCAACCCACCCCCUGCGUGCUUGUCAAGCUGUGGAUGAAGAAGUGCGAAGACGACUCAGAAACAGCAAAUUGGAUCUCAGCCAACACAAAAGAGUGCCCCAAAUGCAACUCAACCAUCGAGAAGAAUGGUGGUUGCAACCACAUGACCUGCCGAAAGUGCAAGUACGAAUUCUGCUGGAUGUGCAUGGGUUUGUGGUCCGAGCAUGGUACGAGUUGGUACAACUGCAACCGUUACGAAGAGAAGAGUGGCCACAACGCACGCGACGCUCAAGCAAAGAGUCGCGCAUCCCUUGAGCGCUACCUUCAUUACUACAACCGCUAUGCCAACCACGAGCUCUCCGCCAAGCUCGACAAGGACAUCUACCUCAAGACCGAGAAGAAGAUGAUGCAGCUUCAGUCGACAUCAGGUAUGUCAUGGAUUGAAGUCCAGUUCCUCGAAUCGGCGUCGCAAGCCCUUCAGCAAUGCCGUCAGACUCUUAAGUGGACUUACGCCUUUGCUUAUUAUCUGGAACGCAACAACUUGACCGAGAUCUUCGAGGACAACCAGAAGGAUCUUGAGAUGGCUGUCGAAGCCCUCAGUGGCAUGUUCGAGAAAUCUACAGAUCAGCUUGCUGCUCUUAAGGUCGAGAUGAUGGAUAAGACGACUUACUGCACCAAGCGUCGCAUCAUUUUACUGGAUGAUACUGCGGACAACCUGAAGAAGGGCAACUGGACGUUCAACGUCGACGAAAUUUCCGAAGAAUAGUCUUCUUGUCCAUAAUCUUUUACGACACCGCAUUCAAAGGCAGCACACACACACAUGGGGAGGGACCGGCGCUCUUUUCACAGCCAUUGCUGGAGUAAUAACUGGGUUGUUUUUCUAUAUUCGUUCUGUUUCCAAAUGAUUCACGUGGGCAUAGGGCAGGGGUCAAGGAGUUUUUUUUAUUUCGCUGAAGCGUUUCGCAUCCGCGUGGGUUUUGUACACUCGCGCAGGCAACGGAUUUCUCUCGACGAAAGCUUUUGACAAGCAUACUUUUUAUCAGAAGCAGUUAUAGAAAUGUCUAUCUCCUACCUCCUCAUGUCAUGCUACUCGU